AUUUUGAAAGGUGUUGUCGGUGUGGGCCUUUUCGCUUUGGCACACGCAGCCUUUUCCGCGGCGCAGCACCGAUCCUACAUGCGACUGACAGAAAAAGAGAAUGAAACAUUACCUAUAGAUAUAGUGUUACAGACUUUGUUAUCGUUUGUGAUCACGUGUUACGGCAUAGUUCACAUCUCAGGCGAAUUCAAAGAUAUGGAUGCUUCUUCAGAGCUCAAAAACAAGACAUUUGACACAUUGAGAAAUCACCCGUCGUUCUACCUGUUCAAUCACCGAGGCCGAGUACUCUUCCGCCCUCCAGAGCAAGAGCCCUCCACUCCCAGCGCCCAGGCCUUGCCCUCCAAUCCCCUGCGGUUACGCAAGCUGGAAAAUUAUCAUUGAAACUGGCCUUCAGUGGGCUGCCUUGCCCGGUUUGAUUUGUUUCUUUCUUAAACUUAUUUGUUAGCUCCUCGGUUGAAAGGGAAAAUAAGCAUAUUUUCCUGUCUUGUUGUAUAUGUGAAUAUGCUGUACAAACAUGCAUCUCUUGUGGUUACUAUUUUGUCAAUGGACUGUGCCAACUCCGUUUCCAGCUGAUAUGUUUGUAAAUACUUGUUAUUGCUUGGGAGUCUUAAGUCUGUAGGCUACGGCUGUAGCCCUUCGCUUGGCUGUCGCACACAGGGCAUGAAUCCUACAUGUACAAUGUCGGUUUGCCACGUUUUUGGCUGAACUGACCCUAACUUCAACCGGUUCUUCCCUGUCCCCAUCUGAAUUGGGGUCAGUGUUGUGGACCAUAAAUUGUAUUAGUGUUCAGAAGCAGUAGCUCUGAUUAGCGAACUUCAGAUUUGAGCUCAUAAUACUGAAAAUGAUUAAAACUAUUAAAACAUGUCUGAGCAAGGCCACAACAGAUUAUGUAGAUUGAUAGCAAUGCUAACAAUACUGUGAACACUCAGUGGGAAUGAAUGGUAAUUUUUUUUUUUUUUUUUUGAGAAGAGGAGGGAGUGGGGGGGGGCAAUGUUUUCUGGUUUUUGGGGGUUUUUUUCAUGUCGAGACAUAACUCCUUAUUUUUACCUUUAAUAAAUUCUGAAAUUUUAUUGAUGAAUUUA